CGGUGAGCGGAAGUACAAAUAAUUUACCUUUGAGCUCAGUGGUGAGACAGCUGGUUACAUCGGAGCUGCCCUUGCCCCCGACAACAGCGGUCAAGGUGCCACAGUCUAUUCCUGCGCCAACUUUAAUGGUUUACUGAAGCUAAUCCGUUCCACAAUGAACAACCAAAUACUGACUCAGGAUAACACAUUUGUUCCUGGAAGUUUCAGUGGCUCAGUGAUUGGAAAAAAGAUUCAGUGCAUUUUCACCGCAGCAGGUCUGACCAGCAGCAGGGUUGCCCGUGCAGCAAACACACCUACAACCACAGACCCUGUUGUAUCCGUUGUGACGGGCAGCAUCUCAAACGGUACUCUGGGUGCUCCAGUUACUGAAUUGGCCACAAAUGGAACGGUGAACUUAAGCAACCCUAACAGCACAGAUGCUUCAGUGAUAUCAAACGUGACUGCAUCAAAUACCACAUCGACCACCACUGGAGCCCCAAACACUACAGCAUCAAAUCCAACUGCAUCAGUUUCCACUGCUUCAUCAAAUACAACAGCAUCAAACGCCAUUGCAGCAUCCAACACAACAGCAUCAAACCCCACUGCAGCAUCAAACACAACAUCAUCAAAUGCCAAUGCAUCUUCAAACACAACAUCAUCAAAUGCCAAUGCAUCUUCAAACACAACAUCAUCAAAUGCCAAUGCAUCUUCAAACACAACAUCAUCAAAUGCCAAUACAUCUUCAAAUGCCACUGCAUCAUCAAACACAACAGCAUCAAACACCAAUGCAUCAUCAAAUACAACAGCUUCAAAUGCCAAUGCAUCUUCAAAUGCCACUGCAUCAUCAAACACAACAGCAUCAACCAGCAAUGCAUCAUCAAAUACAACAGCUUCAAACAGCACUACAGCAUCAAAUGCCACUGCUUCAUCAAACACAACUACAUCAUCAAGUGCCACUGCUUCAAACAGCACUCAGAGCUCUAACAGUGGUACAGCAAACACCGCUACAACAAACGGAACCAUCAACAGGAGCAGCUGUAUGAAGGACAGAGCCUGUUUUUCCACUCCAGCUAACUGUGAUCCGUCUAACUCCAACGGAUGUUAUUUUGUCUCUACAAGACCAGUGAGCAACAACACAAACAAUCUCACCUUCGAGCUCAGUGGCGCCUCCAGUGGUUAUAUCGCAGUCGGACUCUCAAGCAACAACCAGCAGGGUUAUUGUGACACCAUCUAUUCUUGUGCAAACAACAACGGUGUGGUGAAGUUCAUCCGUGCCUCGCUGAACAACACCGUUCUGGCUCAGGAUAACACUUUUUCCCCUGGAUCGAUCAGUGGUUUGGUGAACAGCACAAAGAUUCAGUGUAUUUUCACAGCUGCAGGUCUGAGCAGCAACACUCGAGCAGCAAACACAAACACAUACCUCUACUACUUCACCGGAAACUACACAAACGGCACUAUGGGCGCUCCGUUCACUCAAAUGAACACGAAUUCAUCAGUGGAUCUGACCAAUGUUAACAGCUCAAACGUGGUGAUAAUAACACCGCAGUCAUCUACAGUCAGCACCAACAGCACCGCGACCACUGCUGCAACAGCAAAACCUGCAACCACAGCGAGCCGUGCAGCACUGCAGAACGCGGCAUCUCAAGCCGCUGUGGUGAUUCUGGCAGGGAUCCUCGCCGUCCUCCUGUUGUAAGGGUCAUCCUUUUUACCAAUUGACAUUUUCUUUCGGAAACUGGUGGAUGAGCACUGAACGCUUCAUGAACCCAACACUACCGUAAAUCCAGCAUACGUCAAUGAAGAAAGGAAGUGGAAAUAUGGGUAACAGGGGGAAAAAUGGCAUUAAUCGAAUCCCUGUGUAAGCAAGUGUGUGCGAAUGUGUUUAUUAAAAUUAUGCAUUUUAAUUUACUUAAAUGAAUUAUCAUAAUCAGUCUAGUAAUUUAACCAUGCAGGUGUAAUGUCUAUAAAUGUUUAUUUAUUCUGGAAGGAAAAAUGCUGCCUUCAAACACUGACUGCAUAUACAUUUUAAAUAAAGUCACUUGUAUUUUUUGAAGAAAAGAAGGUGCAUAAUAAAGUUGUUUACAUGUUUUACAAGUCAACGAUGGCCUCUUAGAUCAGCGGUUUAAAGAUCAUAUAUUUACUCAAUUAAAGGUGCAGUAGGUGAUUGUCUUCAACAUGUUUUGCUGUUCUGGUUGAAAGUCUCUUCAUAUUCCAAUAGCAAUGAUUAAAGUAAAUGAUC